UAAUUUUUUUAACGCAACAUGUUUAUCUGCUACUGUGUCGUAUGCUUUUAAGACUAUUCCUUGUGCUCCUUCACCAAUUUUUUCGAUAAUAACAUAUCUCUCCAUAUUUAUUGUUAAAAUAUUCUGACACUAAUAAUAUACUUAUGUAUUUAUAUAUUCAUGUAUUUUUUUUAUUAUUUUGAUAUAAAAAGUCCCAAUUCAAGAAUUUUGUUAAUGACAAAAGAUUAAGAAAAAUUUAACAAUAAUGAACAUAAAUACGUAUUUAUAUGUAUUCUUUUUUUAAUUUACUACUCUAGCAGAAAGCAAUGUUUGUAACAAUAGCGAUGCUAUACAACUGUUGCCAUAGUUACGGUGAAUACUCCCAUGUGAAACUAUACUACAUAACCUUCUUGUUUUCUAUUUUAUAGGAAUACGAUGUAAUCAUUGUGAUGUUACGUAGUUAUUAUACAAGUUAAUUAUUUUUAUAAACGUUCGUAAUCAAUUAUAAGUUUAACUUUUUUAAAUGAAAAAUAUUAAGUACAUAUAAAAUAAUAAAUAAUUAUGAGUGAUAAAAAGACUAAUGAUUAUUAUAAAAAAAAAUGGUAUUUAAAUAAGAAAAAGUCAACAACAUCUAAUAAACAAAGAAAUAAAGAUAAUCAAAACAAUGGAAAAGUGUAUCAGUCUUUAAAUCCAAUUGAGGCAAACAAUGCAUUAUAUAAAUAUGACUCUUUUGUAAAUUUCGAUAUACCAUAUUAUGGAUGGAAAUUCUUUUUUAGUGAUGAAGAUUAUAAAAACAAUUCUGACACUGUUAAAAAGAUUCAAAUGUUUGAGGGAUUUAUAAGCAGGCAUGAUCGCUUAACAUCCUUGCUUUCUUUAGAAAAUUUAGAGAAUGGUACAGUGUUUGUAAUUGAUAUGUGUGAAAUAUAUAAUGACAAGAUUUUUCUAAAAGAAUGGGCUAAUUUUAAAGAAGAUAUUUAUGAGAAUCCUGUGCACAUAUUAAAUUGUUUUAAACUUGCUAUUCAUCAGAAAAUAUUACAUACAAUACCAAGAGAAAAUUUAAAAAGUUGUAUAAAUGUUAUAAGUACAUUUUCUACUAUUAGAUUAAAGAUAUUAAAUUAUCAACCCAUUAUAUGUUUACAAGAUUUGAAAGCAAAUUCUUAUGGAAAAUUGGUAUCUAUUAGAGGCUGUGUCAUAAGAGUAGGGUGUGUGAAACAUCUUGGAGAUUGGAUAGUAUUUGCUUGUCGCAAAUGUAAUUUACAAAAAAUAGCAAAACAGCCACAAGGAAUUUAUACCAUUCCAAAAAAAUGUAAUAUAUGUGGUUCAUCUAGAUUUCGUCCAAUAUUAGAUUCUCCACAAGUAAAAAGUAUCCCUUUUCAAACAAUUAAAAUACAAGAACUUCUAAACGAUGAACAGAAUAAUAAAGGUAGCAUGCCUAGAGUACUUGAUGUUGAAUUAAUGGAUGACUUAGUCACUACUUGCAUGCCUGGAGAUGAUAUUACAUUAACAGGAAUUAUAAAGGGUACUAAUAAUUGUAAAACGCAUAAUAAAGUAUCACUUUCAUUGUACAUGGAAGCUAUUACAGUACUGAAUAAUAAACAAAGAUUUCAAACUAAAAAUAUUGUGGAUAAUGAAAUGUCCAUUAAGGAUUAUUUGGCAAUUAAGGAAGUAUAUAAUACACCAAAUAUUUUUCCACUGUUGGUACAUUCCCUUUGUCCAAGUAUAUACGGUCAUGAAAUGAUUAAAGCUGGUUUGAUAUUAAGCUUAUUUGGUGGAAAUGCAGAACAUUUAGAAUUACGAGAAAAUAUACAUACUUUAAUAGUCGGUGAUCCUGGUCUUGGGAAAUCACAAAUGUUGCAAGCAUGUUCAAGAAUCGCUGCUAGAGGAGUAUAUGUGUGUGGUAAUUCGAGCACAUCAUCUGGAUUGACGAUAACACUUACAAAGGAAAAUAAAAGUAACAAUUUUGCUUUAGAACCAGGAGCAUUAGUUUUAGCAGAUAGAGGUUGUUGUUGUAUUGAUGAAUUUGAUAAAAUGUCCAAACAACAUUCGGCUUUAUUAGAAUCUAUGGAACAGCAGUGUGUAAGCGUUGCUAAAUCAGGAGUAGUUUGUUCCCUUCCCACAAGGACUUCAAUUCUUGCAGCUGCUAAUCCAAUUAAUGGUCGAUUCAACAGAAGCAAAACAGUAAUACAAAAUUUGAAAAUGAGUCCACCUCUUUUAUCACGCUUUGACUUAAUUUUUUUAUUGCUAGAUGAACCAAAUAAGCUUGUAGAUGAUUUACUAUGCAAACAUGUUAUGUCCAUUCAUACUGGAUCCAAAAUGAUUAAUGAAAAACAAAUAAAUGCUUCUCAAGGUAUAGAUAUAUCAGAUAUAAACAAACUUACAUUAAGAGACAAACUUGAAUCUUAUGUAACUGAAAAUGCUAUUCCACAAUCAAUUCUUAGAAAGUACAUUUCAUAUGCACGACAAUAUGUCAAACCAACGCUUACUACCGAGGCAGCUACAGUACUACAAAAUUAUUAUUUACAACUUCGAAGGAAAAAUAGUAAAUUUAGUGGUCUAUCUGUUUACAAUAGACAGUUAGAAGCUAUGAUAAGAUUAACCGAGGCGAGAGCAAAAUUGGAAUUACGCACACAAGCAACUGAAAUAGAUGCUUUAGAUGUAAUAGAAAUUUUGCAAUAUACAUUUGACAAUAAUAUUGUUAGUUGGUCAUUGUUAAACAAUAAAAAAGCAACCGAUAGAAAAGUCAGAGAAUUUAUACAAUUAUUGAAAAAGGAAAGACUUUCCUCUGGCAAUAAAAUAUUUUCUACAAAAAGACUACGUGAAAUUGCGAUCGAUGGAAAUGUUACAGUAGAUGAUUUUUCUCAAUUAAUUGCAAAAUUAAACGAAUGUGGUGUUUUAUUGAAAACUGGAAACAAUACUUACAAAUUUAUUCCGGAUUAACAGUAUUAGUAAUGCAACGUAAACAGAUAAAUAUACAACUUGGAUUAUGUUUCGUAUCAAUAAAUGUGAUAUUAUUAUUUAGUAUAAUUUUGUUAUUAUAACUGUAAUAAAACUUAUUUUAUAGUUGUCAAACAUUAAAUUAGUGUGAAUUGUUAUUACUAUCAUUACUUAUUUAUUUUCACACUUCAAAACAAUCUGCUUUACAUGGUAAACGCCAAUACGCAUAAAGACAACAUUUUGGGCUUGGAACAUGAAAACAACCAAGUCUGCAACAUGGCUCAGUGGGAACAUAUACUUUUGGUUGUGGAGCAGGUGGAGGAGGUAUUGUAACUUUACAUCUGUUUAACAGAAUUAUUAUAUAUUAUAUACAUUAUUAUAAAGAUUAAUAUACGAUAAAUGUCAAUUACUUGUUCAACUUUAAAGUCUAUUGUACUGUGUAUAGAAUAUCCGUAUUCCGUAUAUGGUAAAUUUUUACUGUAUAAUAUUUAUACAAAAAAGAAAUUCGAACAAAGUAGCAACAUUGAAUACAUCAAUUUUUUAUUCAGAAAAAUUUGGAAAGUAUUAUCAUAUAUUGUGUACUGACCCUGGUAAAUACGAAAUAUUUUUACAUACAAUGUAUAUAAUUUGCCCCUCAUGCGGAAUAGGGAUACCUUAUUUAGUUGGAUACGAGGCCUGAAAAUGUAUUAUAAUCACUAUUAAAGAAUUGUAAUUACAUUAAAACAAAACAACUCGUGCCGAGCGGACAAAAUAAUAUGCAUUGUACCAUAUAUAAUGAAGAAUUGCACUAGAAAAAUGUUGUCCAUUUAAUAGGACGCGUUGUAACUCGGCCUAGGCAUCUUGCUACACAUGCUGGCGGGCAAUAUGGAACACAUUUCGGUGGACUAGGUCCGCACGGCACUGAUGGAGUGCAUAUUGUAAUUUUACAUGGUGGUGGACAAGCUAAGCAAGGUGAUGGACAACAUGGGUACGGUACACACGAUAGUGAAUUUGGUGGACAGCACAUAGUUGUAGGCAUUGGGCAAUAAGGCAUUGAUGGAUAGCAUGGUAGACCUCCUCCACAAGACAUUCUAAUAAUUUCACUUUCUCCUCUUAAAAUUCUUUUUUAUUUAUUUAUUUUCUUCUUAUCGACACAUGUAUAUACUUUAAAUUUUGACAACUCCUUAUGAGAUAACGAGAAACAUUUGAAACUUAUAUACAUAUCUUUCAUUUAUUAUAUAUUUAUUAAUAAAACACGUUCAGAUUACAUCAAAAUUUUACACAAUUAAUGAUUUCGAUUUCGUUGUAUUUUACAAAUUAAUUUGUAAGAAAUUUAUAUACAAGAUUUCCUUAUUGAAAAGAUAUUUCAUUUUCAAAAAAACAUGAUGAAUGCAUAAAGAAAUGCGAACAUUUUAAUUAUCAUAA